GAGGGCGCGGGCCGGAAGUGCCCGUUGCCCCGCACAGCCGCAUCUCCUAAAGGUGCCGCGGCGCCACUGUUCGUGGGGCAUUGCCAGCGAGCGCCCGCGGCCCAGCUGCUACCAUGAGCCGGCCCAGCCGGCUGCAGAGGCAAGUUUUGAGCUUGUACCGCGAGCUGCUGCGCGCCGGGCGCGGGAAGCCGGGCGCCGAGGCGCGGGUGCGGGCCGAGUUCCGGCAGCACGCCUGCUUGCCACGCUCCGACGUGCUGCGUAUCGAGUACCUGUACCGCCGCGGGCGGCGCCAGCUGCAGCUGCUACGCUCCGGCCACGCCACGGCCAUGGGUGCCUUCGUGCGCCCGCGGGGUCCAACCGAGGAGUCCAGCGGCGCGGGGGCUCUAGGGACCCAGCCUGACAGUGGUGCUCGUCCGAGGAACCCCCUCGGCAUCAUGGAGUCACCAGAGACCCCUCCCGAUGGGCGAUGACAGGCCGAGGAGCUCACCCGGUAGCACAGGGGAACCGAGGGCCCGCCUGACUGCGUGGGGAAACCGGGGAGCCCGCCUGAUGGAGGGUGAGAUGUCUUGAGAAGACAUGUCCUGAGAAGACCAGCUGUCUGGAUUGGGGGAAUCGGAGGCCCUCCUAGCGACGUGGAGUCCUAGAGACCCCUAUGAUGGAUGCUGAGAGAUGCUCGACCUUGGCCCAAUCCAUGAUGACGGGUCUACUCUCCCCAUGAGGGUUUGGGGCGGCUUGGUUGCUGGCUGGCUGAACUGUGACCAGCUGAGAGCUACUGACCGGAAAGGUUGGGAGGCAGGACGCCCGCCGUCGGACAGAAAGAAGAGACACCCUUCUCUUGACCCUGGGCUUCCCUCUCUUGUAUUUAACUCUGAGAAGAGCAGACUUUUUGCAGAGAAGUUUGGGAAGAUACCCUGAUGGAUGGUGAGAAGCCCCGAAUCCCCCUUUGGAAAACUUUCUUCGCAUUAGUUGGGGCAUACUAGGACCUGGGAAGAAGGGGCUGGGAUAUCUUACCCCAUCUGAUCAACUAAAGACCCCUCAAGACCUAUACUUGUUAAUUCUAAGGGGGAACCCUGACUCCUGCACCCUUCUCCCAGGACUGUUGAACAAAAGGAAUAAAAUCGGGGAUGUGAUUACUUCCCUUUUGGUGGUCUUAAA